UGUAACCAAGCCCCCUUGCGCCACUUCGCAGUUGCACAGCCAAAUUUCGGCUCUCGUGAGUGCCGCAGUAGCUCCAUUUUUGCAUCUCGCACCAUCAUCCCAUCUACCAUGUCUCAGUACAGAGACCCAUACUCUGAUCAGCAGCAAGGGGGUCACAACCAGCAGUAUGGUGAUGCAUCAUAUAAUCAAUACGACACCAGGCAACCACACCAGGCGUAUGACCAAGGCGGCUAUGAUCCCCACACACAUGGCGAGUACAGAGACGACCCCAAUGCGAACCCACACAUUUUGCCUACACCGUAUGCGCCUGCAGUACAUGAAGCAAAUCCUCAUGACCAACCGGGCUUUGCGAAAGAAACUGGACGCCAAUCUCAGGAUUUCAAGGCCUGGAGAGGUGGGAACUCUGGUGGUCUAUGGACAAGGGGCAGCCGAGUUAGCUGCUUGGGGAGGUUCUGCUGUUGCACGUUGAUGGUUGCUGUCUUCCUCAUUAUCAGCAUACUGCUUGCACUGCUCAUGUGGGUCCGUCCUCCGGAUGCUAUUGUUGGUACCGUAGGGCCGUCUACCACUCAAAAUGCGGUUCAACUAAGCUCGGGAAGCAUCAUAGUUAACCUGGGCGUUGAUCUUGCCGUCGCCAACCCAAAUUACUUUUCUGUAUCUUUCAAGUCCAUAGACGCAAAGGCAUAUUACCCUAUCAAUAAUACGCUCGUCGGAACCGGCAAUGAAACUGACAUCACCUUCAAUUCCAACUCGCAAACUAACUUCACAUUCCCAUUCUCGCUGGAAUUUAGCACAAAUAUGACUUCAGGCCUAUCAAUUUUGGAAGAUCUUGCUACAAAAUGCGGUGUGGGCGGUGCAGCAGUGCAAGAUAUUACAAUCAAUCUUGAUAUUACGCUUGGACUACGUGUCCUAUUCUUCGUGGUUUAUCCGGUGGUGAACAUUCCCGCCAGUUUCGCGUGUCCGAUAACUGCUUCAGACAUUUCGAGUUUGAUUCCAUCCGUUACUUCAUUACUACCUUGAUUCUACUGUGCCAGAAUGCAGCCAGGCAACCCGCUCUUGUAUCUCUUCUUGGAUGUAGACAUGGACAUAGUUACACCGCCUCUGCCACCAAUCUGUAUGAAGGACAGUCAUUAAUUUAUGAUUCGCUGGAUAGGUUUCUCAGUCGCACCACUUUGUAUGAAGGACAGUUGAUAACUCAUUAUUCGCUGGAUAUGCUUCUAAGUCACGCACAUACUGAAUAUCGAUCUCGGUUAAGCGAAGGCAUACCGCAUGCACGGAUGCACAGUUGAUCCGAAUCUGCCAUAGAGGAGGGAAUGUAGCUGCUGGUUCGUUUUUCACAGAGACGAUAGACGUUAUUCAGUCCGGAGGCUCUUGCUACACGGCAAAAAACC